CUCAGACAGCAUAGAAGAGAUUUAGCCUUUCUUUUUAAUUUUUAAAGAAAGGAAAUCUGUUGCCGUUUAGAGAAGGAAAUAAAAACAAUCUAGGCUCUGGCAUCUGGUGAGGGCCUCUGUGCCCCAUGGUCUGGAGGCAGAGGCAGAGGCCCGGAGAGCAGAAUUUUGGUUUGGAUGCAGUGUAGCUCGGGUCUUUGUGCAGUCAACAGCCCAUUGUCCUUCCCCUGAGGAAAAGGAGGCUGCGGCUCUGACUCGUGGCUGUAAACAGCUCCGGAGAAAGCGGACAAACAGGCUUCAGGGCCUGGUGAGUCACUUCUGGGGGCAGGGGCCUCUCUUUGGGGUUGUUCCAUCCUGCCCUAGGCGCUGGUGGCUGCUGCAGGUCACUGUAGCCCGGGACUGCCACCUGGUGGCCACAUUCUGACUUCGCCUAGCCUCACAGUUGUCCGGCCGGGAGCACCAGUUCCCACCGGAGCCCAUACAAUGCCUGCGGAGGAGUUUGUGGCUGGCUGGAUCUCUGGUGAGACACUUUUCUUCUUUCUGUCUAUCACCCCAAAGGGUGGAUUGCUUCCCAGGGAAGCUGGGUUGUCAAGAGGAGUUGUUCCCUCUGGAGCACCCAGCAGCUAGCUGUUGCCAGAGCCUUCUGGGGAUGGCCAAGGAGGCAGAGGGGCAAGAAGGCAAGGAGAGACUACUUCUGCAUCCCAUGGCCUCGCUGCCAGAGGACCUCAGGGCCUGCCAAGGAACCUCACCCAAGCCCCUUCUCCCGGACCAGAGAGCCGUGGGUUUGGUCCUGGGGCACCCGUUUGACACUAUAAAGGUGCGGUUACAGACCCAGAACACUUACCAGGGCAUUGUGGACUGCAUACUUAAGACUUACCGCCAUGAGUCGGUCCGGGGUUUCUUCAAGGGAAUGAGCUUCCCCAUUGCCAGUGUGGCCCUGGUCAACUCCGUCCUCUUUGGCGUGUACAGCAACACCCUGCUGGCACUCACAGCCACCUCCCACCAUGAGCGACGGGCUCAGCCACCCAGCUACACAAACAUCUUCAUAGCAGGUUGUACUGGGGGCCUCCUGCAGGCCUACUGCCUGGCUCCUUUUGACCUCAUCAAAGUCCGUCUACAAAACCAGACUGAGCCAAGGAUGCAGAUAGGGGGCUCUGAACCCCGGUACCGGGGGCCUGUGCACUGUGCAGUCUCCAUCUUGAGAGAAGAAGGACCCCAGGGACUGUUCAGAGGAUCCUGGGCUCUGGUGCUGAGGGACACCCCUACGUUGGGAAUGUACUUUGUCACCUAUGAAGGGCUGUGUCACCAGUACACACCAGAAGGCCAGAAUCCCAGCUCAGCCACAGUACUGGUGGCAGGGGGCUUUGCAGGCAUAGCCUCUUGGAUCACAGCCACGCCUUUUGAUGUUAUCAAGUCCCGGAUGCAGAUGGACGGGCUGAAAGGGAGAAAGUACCGGGGGAUGCUGGACUGUAUGGCAAGCAGCUUCCGGCAGGAGGGGAUAGGGGUCUUUUUCAAGGGCAUGACCCUCAAUAGUGCCCGUGCGUUUCCUGUCAAUGCUGCCACCUUCCUUAGCUAUGAGUACCUGCUGCGCUUGUGGAGAUGAGCCUGACCCAGCCAUGCCAGCAACUCCACAACAGGAUCAUGGCUGACAGCUGCUUGGGAAACCAAGCCAGAGAACCCAGCUUGCAGGAACAAAAGCAAGAGGUGCCAUGCAUCACCCAGAGAGUUAAGGAGCCAACUGGAAAGAAACCUAUGGACCAGGCCCUGUACAGACGCCAAGACACACCCACCUCCACCCCACCUCUGUCCAGGAAGCAGGGGUACAAAACACAUAUGAAUCAGCCAGGCCACCAUGUCACAGCUGCCCUUCUGAAGGAGCUCUCAGGGACCAGUCACUGCCCUGGCACCACCCAGCCAUGGGGUUCAAAUCACUCCCCUGGACAGGAGGAUGACUUUUGUUACCUUCAUGUCCAGUCUGGAAUCCUUCAGGUUUCCAUUACCUUCAGGGACACCCAGGUCCCUGGCUCCUGGCUGUCCUGCCUCACAAGUACUCCCCUCUCUUGGUCACUUCCUGCUGUGGUCCCUCCUGUCCCAAGAGUGCCCAAUGGGGUAUAGUUAUUGUCCCUCCAGUGGCCUACUCUCCUCCAAGACCCAGGCAGAGCUCUGUCUCUAGGGUCCCCAAGGACCCCAGCCCUCCUGCCCACAGUGCUUUCUGGCUGGCUGGUCUGCUCCUCUGAGGCAUUAGUCGGAGUCUUGUGGUAAGGUUGUACUUCUAUCUCUUGA